ACGCAUCGAAUAAGCCUAAUUUUAUCGAAAUCAGAAUAGAGGCAGUUUUCCUGGAUAAUUAUAGUGUACCUUCCAACAAAUGAUAUACAGCUAACACCGUGUAACGCACUUGAUCAUUACAUCCUUGUUGUUUGCCAAUGUUAAACAAAGAUGAAAUGAUCACUGGUGUUGUACUGUGUCGCUUGUUGGAAGGCACACACCAUGUAUAUUUAAUCUCGUGCAAUUUUGUGCUUUUGCCCGAAUCAUUCUGUUCAUACGCGUCUGCCCGCUACUAAUUGCUCAGCUGUUAUGAAAGGUUUUUCAUUGUUACGUAAACCGGCGCUGUCAGUUUCGAAAUACCUGUAACAACUACGUUGUAUAUCGAUCAAACUAAGUUCCUUCCCUAUAAUGACUAAUGAAAGUAAUAUUUAUGGGUACAAGGUAUAAGUCCAUUGAGGAUGGCAGUCUCGCAACGACAUUAGUAUUAGAAACAAUUCAGAGUGUACGAAUUGUGGAUAGGAGAUAUAUUCAUUUGUAACGUUUGCGAAGAAUAAGUUGAUGAGCAUGGCGUCCACAUCGAAGAAACAAGCUCACAAGAAGAAUAUGAUAAAAUUUGAAUUAACCGAAAAACAGAAAUCUGACAUAAAGGAAGCAUUUGAUCUAUUCGAUCCGGAUGGCACCGGAAAAAUUGGUAUCAAGGAUCUUAAAGUUGUUCUUAGAGCCUUAGGAUAUGAACCGACAGUGAAAGAGUUACAGACACUCGUAGCUGAUAUCACACCAGAAUGUCCUAACUCGUUAUCUUAUGAAGAAUUCAUGAAAAUAAUGUUAAUUAAAAUGACAGAUGUAGAAGAAAGCCAAAGCGAAAUAAUAAGGGCAUUCCGACUUUUCGAUGAUGAUAAAACAGGAAAAAUAUCCUUUAAAAAUAUCAAACGAGUUGCGAUGGAAUUGGAAGAAGAGUUGACUGAUGAAGAAAUAUUUGAUAUGAUCAAUCAGGUAGAUGAAGAUGGCGAUGGAGAAAUAUCAUUAGAAGAAUUUAUAAAACUCUUUAAGAAGAUGUCAUGUUAACUUUGUAUUAAGUUACAUUCACAUUUAUGUCGAGUUAAUGCAGAAACAUAACGUAUUUUUAAACUAAUAAUGUGUAUUGUAUUAAUAUAUUCUAAAUGGAAGACUGAUAUCUCAAUAUGAUUAUCUUUUACUUGUUAGUAUACUUGUCAAUGAUAUUUUUAUAAACUUUUAUUUAUUUAGAUGUUUAAUG